AUGAAUUUUGUUUUAGUCGCAAAACAGUGCAUAGAAACAGCUUUUCAUAUAUCUGAUAAUGAAGUUGGUGAAGUUCCCGAUUUACAAAAAUUCUUCGAAUCCCAGCCCCAAAAAAAACCAAAUAUUCCGAAGAGUGAACCUUCAGAAGAAGUCAAAUCGAUGGCGGAAGCAUUAAAAAAUCAAGGUAACCAGUGCAUGAAACAAGAGAAGUUUGUGGAAGCUGUCGCCUGCUACAGCAAAGCUAUCGAACUAUCCCCGUACAAUGCAGUUUUCUACUGUAACAGAGCUGCCGCUCACUCUCGGUUAGACCAGUAUCAAGAUGCAAUUAAUGACUGCUUGAAAGCUUUGGAAAUCGACCCAUAUUACAGCAAAGCAUAUGGUCGAAUGGGUAUCGCAUAUUCUAGCAUUGGUAACCACGCUAAGGCUGUUGAGUGUUAUCGGAAAGGGUUAGAGCUUGACCCGAAUAACGAGAAUUGUCAACAAAAUCUUUCAAUUGCAGAAGAAAAGUUAAAGAAUUCAUCAGAUACUUCUCAGAGUUCAGGAUUAUUUGGUGGUUUUGACCUAAAUUCGAUUUUAAAUAAUCCAAUGAUGCAGAAUAUGGCUCGCCAAUUCAUGAAUGACCCAAAUGCUCAAAAUAUGAUGACUAAUCUACUACGCAACACAUUUGGAGUUUCUGACAAUUCAGCUAGUAGAAAUAAUUCGACUAGUAAUACUGAGACUAACAAUUCCAGCGAAUCAACAGAACCUAAUCCACAAAAUAAUCCUGUUGGUGCUGGUACUGGUGCUGGUGCUGGUGGUCAAAGUAUGGAUGAAUUUUUACGCCUUGGCCAACAACUUGCUCAACAACUGCAAGCAUCCAAUCCGCAGCUUGUAAAUCACUUACGUCAAACAUUUCAUACCAAUGUUAGUGGACAAAAUUCAAAUCCGGAAAACAAUACUGAUCUCAAUAAUGAUCAGAAUAAUACAAAUUCCAAAUAA